AUGCAGGCCCCUACCGCCAAGAUGCGUAUCAUCGAAUGCUCCGAGGACUUCGGGGGUCCAGAAGAUGGAUUCGCAUUCAACAAGACCGUCAUAGUCUAUGAACUGGAAGGCUCUGUCUAUCGCGCAUUCUCACGCAAGCAGUAUCACUCCACCGCUGAGAUCCAGUUGGGCGACUUGUACAGCACCAACAAAAUCCACCGCAGCAUCGUCUACCCGCGCUUCGAAGAAUCUUUCACGAAGGCAGAAGGCUCUCCGGAGCACUUGUCGACCUUGUAUCUGAAGGAGCCGAGUCUGUCAUCCUAUGAUCCCCGCUACCCGCAGCUUAUUAGGGAUACUUGGCUCGAAGAAGUGAAGAUAUGCGAGCUCUUGAAGCAACACCCACACCCCAACAUCGCUCAAUACCACGGUUGUGCUGUGUCUCAGAGUGGCAUGAUGGAAGGCAUGUUCUUCUCGAAGUAUGAAGAAACUCUCAUGGACAGAGUCAACCCGAAACAUCGCAGCAAGAACAAUGUCGCCUAUGAGAGAAGUUGGGUGGAUCGCGCCGAGGCCGACGAAUGGCUGAGGGGAAUUGAAUCGGGCUUGAAGCAUCUUCAUGGCUUGGGUAUCGUGCACAAUGACAUCAACCCAAACAACAUCAUGUUUCAGGGAGAUACCCCCGUCAUAAUCGAUUUCGAUUCCGCCCGCCACCAGGGCCACGCGCUAGAUUUGGUCAAGCGGACCUAUGGUUGGCAUGAUGAGAAGGUCAACCGUGCGCUGCCUAGCAAUGAUCUCGAUGCAUUGCGGGAAAUCAAAAUGUGGCUGUGGGGAGAAUCCAGCGAGUUCCAGUUCUGA